CCGCGCAGGGCAACGCCCAUGCAGUCGUGGCAAAGCUGCAGCAGGACGAGCCGCGUCCUCUCCCCGCCCUGCCCCCGAGGCCGGACACGGAGGUUAGCCGAGAUUGCCCGAGGUUAGGACGAGCCCUUCCUCUCCGCCCUCCUCUCCAGCCUCCGCCACCACGCGCGCGGCGGCGACGGCGCGGCGCUGCUCCAGCUCUGGUCCUUGGUCCGCGAGCUGACUGCGCUCGCCUCCGGGCUCCACCCGAUCGAGCGGGCCCGCGUCUACCGCCGCCUCACCUCGCUCGGCCUCCUCGCCGCCGCACGAUCCACGCUCGGCGCGGCAUCCGCCCCCGCCGGCGCGCAUGUGCGCUGCUGCGACGUCUUGUCGGCGGUCUGCAGCCACGACCCGUCCCUCCUCCGGAGCGACGAGGUCGCGCAGCUGAAGGCGGGGCCGCCGGAGGCUGGGCUGCCACCCGCCCCCGAGCAGGCAGCCGCAGCAUCGCAGGCCGACGCGUCGCACCUCCCCGACGCGUCCGGCGGCACCGCGGCCCCUCCACCUCCCGCCGCUGCGGCCUCCACCUCCCAGCUGCUCGCUGCUCGCUUGUGCGACACCGCCGACGAGGGCGUGGCGCGCCAGGCCGCAGAGCUGCUCGGCGCCCUCCUCGACCCAUCCUCGAUGGAGGAGGCCGAGGUCCUCCUCGAGCUGCUCGCGUCCCUCCUCGGCGCGCACGGCGAGCGAGGCCUCCUCGUCGCCACCUCGCCGCAGCUGUGGCGGUCGCUGAGCGGUCUGCUCGAGCAGCCGGGCCGCGUGCUGCGCUGCUCGGUCGCUCGCUUCGUGCGCGUGCUGCUCGCCGAGGCUGCGGAGGCGGCCCACGCCGACGGCGGCCCGCUCCUCCGCCAGGGCGGGCCGGAGACGGUUCCAGGAAGGGCGGUCCUCUCGCUGCUCGACUCGCUCCUCGCGGCGAGCAGCGAGCCGGGGGCGCGCCACUCCGCCCUGCUCUCCCACCUCGCCUCCGACCAGCGGAGCGAGCUCGAGUCGCUCGCCGCCGAAGCAAUCGCCCCCGCCGACGCCCUCCUGCGCGCGCACGCCUCGCCCGUGCCGCUGCCCUCUGUCCUCGGAGCCCGCCGCGGUGGCGCCGCCGGCAGCGAGCCCGAGGCGGCGGGCACCUUGAGGAGAGGGCCUUCGCUGCUCCGCGACUCGCUCGAAAUCGACGGCGGCGGCACCGCGCCUUUCCUACGAGCCAUGCAGCAGGCGAGGCGACAUGCCGAGCCGACCACCGGCGGGAUCGAGAAGCUCUGCUUGGCGUGAGCGGCUUCACGGGCCUGUCAGUCCUGCCCCAGUCUCUCCCCGACGUCUUGGACACGCUCGGACUUCCGUCAUGGCACUCACUUUGGUACACACAGGUCCCAGUAUCAGCUUGCGCUGCGCGUCGCCGCGUCGUGCCCGGGGGGUGUGCGGCGCUCUCCGCGGUCUCCGCCGUUUGCGUCUCUUUGUGGUUGGUCAUUGUGCAUGUGCGGCAUCGUUGAAUCGUUCAGCUUGGCGUGAUGCCUGGCGCAGUUGUGCGUGUGUCUCGCCAACCGCGCGCGGGGGCCGCUCCCAUCGCGGUGUGGAGCGUGGAGCUCCGCGGUACACGUUCAGCAUACGCGGCAUACGCUUAGAGUAUACGCUACUGUAGCUACGUGCUAGGCUACGAGAACUACGACCUGAGGAGUGAGGUAGGGUACGGUAACGCGUAGAAUGGUCUCU